UCAAUCCAUUGAAAACCCAUAUUCUGCAGUACCAACGUAACCAAAACAACAGCUGUACAAUAGACGACACGUGCUCGUCGACACAACGUGUCGAGUACAUAAGUAUUGCAUAGACAAAUAACAGUUGUAGAAAGUUUGUGCGUUAUUUUUAUUGUAGGUGGUCUCAUUUCGCAUUAUUUGGCUUCUGAAUUCAAUCGUCAAUUCAAUUUGAGUUCAUCAAUUUAAUUAGUGUUGUGUUUGCUGUGUGUUAUAACCUUACAAAAUGGCAGCAAAAACCGACAAAAAGUCUACCUCUAUUCUUAGUAGGACAGUGAAUAAUAUAAAAAAACAUCGAAAAGCCAAAAAUUUCAUUAGAGUAGAGCAAAAAGAAAAACCGGAAGUACAACAGAAAGUUAAGAAGACACGUAAAAUUAAAACUGUAAAGAAAAGAGGAAUGAUAUAUGUUGCCCACCUCCCUGCUGGUUUUUAUGAAAAUGAGUUGCAAAACUAUUUCAACCAGUUCGGACGUGUAACAAAUGUUAGAUUAGAGAGAAGCAAGAAGACUGGAAGAAGCAAAGGAUAUGCAUUUGUAGAAUUUGAAUCUUCUGCAGUAGCUAAAAUAGCUGCUGAAACUAUGAACAAUUACAUUAUGUUUAAUAGAAUUUUAAAAGCUGAGUUUGUCACCAGAAAAUACAAUUGCAAGGAAUUUUGGAAGAAGACUGUUGAUGCCAAACAUUAUCCCAAAUCUGAAAGAGUUAAACAGAAUGUUCUUGAUUGGGUAUUGCAUGAUUGGAAGAAAGAACUGUUGCAACUGAACAGCUUAUUUACAAUUUUCUUUACUAAACAAGUUUAA